AGUAGCGAGGAUCCCUCGGCCCCAGAGCUCCCCUCCUUGUCCUCUGCACCCGCCGGCCGGCGGUGCCACUCCCGCUGACCCGGGAAGGGACCCAGGCGUCCGGAUCCCUCCCUGCCAGGCUUCCACGUCGCCGACUCGCAAUGGCCAAGCGCAGCUCGCUGUCUAUUCGAAUCGUCGAAGGGAAAAAUCUACCCGCCAAGGACAUCACGGGCAGCAGCGACCCCUACUGCAUCGUGAAAGUGGACAAUGAAUCCAUCAUCAGGACAGCUACUGUGUGGAAGACCCUGUGCCCCUUCUGGGGUGAGGAGUAUCAAGUGCAUUUACCCCCAACAUUCCACACGGUGGCCUUCUACGUCAUGGAUGAGGAUGCCCUCAGCCGGGACGAUGUUAUUGGAAAGGUCUGCCUCACGAGGGAUAUGCUAGCCUCUCACCCAAAGGGGUUCAGUGGAUGGACACACCUGAUGGAGGUGGACCCCAAUGAGGAGGUGCAGGGAGAGAUCCACCUGCGCCUGGAGGUGGUGCCAGGAACCCAUGCCAGCCGGCUGCGUUGCUCAGUGCUUGAGGCCAGGGACCUGGCCCCAAAAGACCGGAAUGGAGCAUCUGACCCUUUCGUCCGAGUGUACUACAAUGGCCAGACCCAGGAGACCUCGGUGGUGAAGAAAUCCUGCUACCCACGCUGGAACGAGACAUUUGAAUUUGAGCUGGAGGAGGGAGCCAUAGGAGCGCUGUUGGUGGAGGCCUGGGACUGGGAUCUUGUCAGCCGGAAUGACUUUCUAGGCAAAGUGGUGGUCAACGUCCAGAGACUGUGUUCAGCCCAGCAGGAAGAAGGCUGGUUCCAGCUGCAGCCUGACCAGUCCAAAAGCCAAAGAGGCCAGGGCAACCUGGGCUCCUUGCAGUUGGAGGUGCGGCUGUGGGAUGAGACAGUGUUGCCAUCCAUCUUCUACCAGCCUCUCAUACAACUGCUGUGCCAGGAGGUGAAGCUGGGCACCCAGGGCCCAGGACAGCUGAUUUCUAUCAUCGAGGAGACAGCUAGUGCUGAGUGUCGCCAGGAAGUGGCCACUACCCUGCUCAAGCUCUUCCUGGGGCAGGGGCUGGCCAAGGAUUUUCUGGACCUGCUCUUUCAGCUGGAGCUGAGCCGUACCAGUGAGGCCAACACCAUCUUCCGGAGCAAUUCUCUGGCCUCAAAAUCCAUGGAGUCCUUUCUGAAGGUGGCAGGGAUGCGAUACUUGCAUGGCAUCCUGGGUCCCAUCAUUGACAGAGUGUUCCAGGAGAAGAAGUACGUGGAGCUGGACCCCAGCAAAGUGGAAGUUAAGGAUGUAGGGUGCUCUGGACUGCAUCGCCCACAGACGGAAGAUGAGGUGUUGGAGCAGAGCGCACACACCCUGCGUACUCACUUGAUGGCGCUGCUGAGCGCAAUAUGCCGCUCGGUUCGCGCGUGCCCAGCUGUGGUCCGCGCCACUUUCCGGCAGCUGUUCCAGCGCGUGCGGGAGCGCUUCCCGACCGCCCAGCACCAGAACGUACCGUUCAUUGCUGUCACCAGCUUCCUGUGCCUUCGCUUCUUCUCUCCCGCUAUCCUGUCGCCCAAGCUUUUCCACCUGCGAGAGCGACACGCAGAUGCCCGUACCAGCCGCACGCUACUUCUGCUGGCCAAGGCGGUCCAGAUUGUAGGCAAUAUGGACACGGCGGUCUCCAGGGCCAAAGAGGCAUGGAUGGAACCACUACAGCCCACUGUGCGCCAGGGCGUGGUGCAGAUGAAGGACUUCAUCACCAAGCUCAUAGACAUAGAAGAAAAGGAAGAGCUGGACCUACAGCGGGCACUAAACUCCCAGGCACCGCCUGUCAAGGAGGGACCGCUGUUUAUCCACAGGACCAAAGGCAAAGGCCCUCUUGCGUCCUCCUUCAAGAAACUGUACUUCUCCCUUACCACUGAAGCCCUCAGCUUCUCAAAGACAGCCAGCUCCAAGAAAAGUGUCUUCAUCAAGCUCGCCAGCAUCCGGGCUGUGGAGAAGGUAGAAGAGAAGAGCUUUGGCAGCUCCCACGUCAUGCAGGUCAUCUAUGCAGAUGAUGUUGGCCGGGCCCAGACUGUCUACCUGCAGUGCAAGUGUGUGAACGAGCUGAACCAGUGGCUGUCUGCACUGCGCAAAGUGAGCAUCGACAACAGAAGCCUCCUGGCGUCCUACCACCCUGGCAUCUUCCGUGGGGACAAGUGGAGCUGCUGUCACCAGAAAAACAAGACAGAUCUGGGAUGUGACAAGACCCACUCUCGGGUGACCUUGCAGGAGUGGAGUGAUCCACUGGACCAUGACCUUGAGGCUCAGCUCAUCUUCAGGCACCUGCUGGGUGUGGAGGCUGCUCUUCGGGAGAAGUACCGGAUACUGAGUGGGGAAACAGAAACAGGCAUCUCACCUACAGGACGUGGUGGAGCUCCCGAGGACCCACUGGCCCAGCUGUUUCAUGUGCUACAAGACCUUCAAGAUGCCCACAGCUCCAGCCUGGCUGGCCCACCACCCAGAGAGCCCCAUCGACUUCUAGAGCUACAGACGUGAGGUGUCCAUGAAGCCCCUGUCAGGUGUUUGGAGAUCCCUGACCUGCUCAGGAUCCUUGUCCCAGUCAUCCUGGUGAGGGCUGUGGCCCAACAUGGCCUUGUCCAUAACUAUUGGGGGAUAACAGUGGCACUUGCUUCAUUGGGAGAUCUACUGCUUUUGUAAUCCCCAUGACCCAGAGUCUUCACCAAGGACAGACCCAACCCCAGGAGGCCAGGUUGUCCACCUUGCAUUGCCUCACUCUCAGCCAUCACCACUGUCUGACCUCCUAGGUUGGGUGUCACAGUACUCUGCUGCCACUAAUAAAUGUGCCCUGACUGCCAAGGUGCUGACGUGUUGCAGUGGGGUCCAAGGAAGCAUGAAUUCAGGGGACCCUAUAUGGGGAUGGGGGUUUGACCAAGGACUGGGGUCACCAGCAUGGCCUUUCUGCAGGUCAUUUUUUUAUUCCUGGGGCCAGGCCUGUUUAGAUUCCCAACUGCUAUCCCAUGAUCCUCUCCACACCCCUCCAUUUUGUAAACUGUGGAGCACGAUGGGUCUUCCCAGCCAGAAGCUGGGACACCACAGCAAGCCCCUUUGUUCAGAGCAUCCCUACAGACUGCACAGGGUCACGGGGCCCCCUUUCAUCUUCUAUGGGUUACCAAGCCAAGUUUCCAGUCACUCUGCUAAGGUUAGAGAAGGAUGCAGAGCUGCAAUUGAUGGGCAGCUAGAUUGGGGAUGGGGUCACUGGGGUGGGAGUGGGUAGAGCCCCUGUCAUUUCCUUGUCUUUCCCCAUGAUACCCAGGCCAUGUGCUGUGCUGCUUUUGUGGAUGAUGGACUAGUGCUCUCAAGUGUGGGUGGGCAGGGCCUUCAUUCAUGCCUUAGAAGAAAAAGAAUCCCAGGAAGUGUCCAUCUAGAGCAGUGCUUCUCAACCUUCCCAAUGCUGUCACCUUCUAAUAUAGUUCCUCAUGUUGUGGUGACCCCAACCAUAACAUUAUUUUCAUUUCUACUUUAUAAAUUGUGCUACUGUUAGCUGGACAUGGUGGUGCACACCUUUAAUCCCAACACUUGGGAGGCAAAGACAAGUGGAUCUCUGUAGUUCAAGGCCAGCCUGGUCUACAGAGCAAGUCCAGGACAGCCAAGGCUCUUAACAAGUUUCUCUUAACAGAGAAACCCUGUCUAGAAAAAAAUUGUUUGCUACUGUUGAAACUCAUAAAUAUCUAGGUUUUCCGAUGGUCUUAAGUGAAAGGGUCAUUUGACCUCUAAAAGGGUGAAGAUCUACCAGUUGAAAACAGCUGAUCUAGACAGACUCAGCCAACAUCUUCCUUCUAUGUUGUCCCUAAAUGGGAAGCCUUGCCACAGAAGUGGCCCCUGGCUGCAGUUCUGCUCCUGCCAGAGGAAGGAGUAAGGGGUGUAAUGCCAGGUUCACGGAACCCUCGGAGACCACCAGGAGACGACUUGAUGGAAUAGCAAGAGAGCUUUAUUAUGAGAGCAAUCAAACUCAGGACCCAAGUCUCACUGACACAGCAGUAGAAAAGUGGGACCCCUAGCCCUGAGUGAGCAGGGUUCUUAAAGGGAAAGUCUGUGAG